AUGGGACUAUUGAGUGGGAUUCUCAACCAAACAUAGAACGCGGGUCCUUGACGACGUAAUUUUACCUAAAAUCAUUCUAUUUUUUUCUCCCUCGAAUAAUUAUAUACAAAACCUGUCUUGCCCACUCUACAGCGUUAGUCGAGCUAAAUUUAAGAAGGAGAAGACCCCCUUGGGCCCACUAUGUUUUUCCCGCAUCGGCAGAGGUAGCAAUCACAGAAGCACCCAUCCUCGGAAAGCAUCGAAAUCUGGUCCAAGAAAACCCGAGCACCCGAGCAUUGCCCAAAAAACAACCACCUCCCAACAAGCCAAACAGAUCAAUGCUGAGGCGGUCUUGGAUCAAUCUAAUGUGCUCGACGACAGCAUUGGACUGCAAACGAUAUUCUUGAGCGCGGCAGGCUGUUGGUACCCCCGUUCUCCUCAGCCUCGGCUUGGGCUUUGCGAUCCGACCUGGUAUUUUGCUUUGUCGCGAGGCUGUGCGGUCGAGGGACCCGACUGCUUUCAACAUAGCCCUUAUAGGGUCGAGUAGAAACCGCGUUGUAUAGUAACAUCACAUCUCUGGCAUGUCAUCUCAGAAAAUGUCGAGCACAAGCGCCGCCACGUCAUCCCUCCCGUCUCCGCCUCAGACCUCUAACAGCACAAUGUCGUCGCCUCCUCCGACAUCGCCUGUCCCGGUGGCCGCCGCACCGGCCGCCGCCACGAUACCCAAUGAUACCUUGUCACAGUUGCGGAGCUUCAUAUCACAGCCCGUGACGGCAGCCUUCUGCGCCGGCGGUAUCGCGGGCGCCGUGUCACGGACGGUAGUGUCGCCGCUUGAGCGGCUCAAGAUCCUCUUCCAGAUCCAGAGCGCCGGGCGCGAAGAGUACAAGCUAUCGGUUGGCAAGGCGCUCAAGAAGAUGUGGCAGGAGGAAGGAUGGCGGGGUUUCAUGCGCGGAAACGGCACCAACUGCAUACGGAUCGUGCCGUACUCGGCCGUGCAGUUCGGCUCUUACGGCUUCUACAAGCGGACACUGUUUGAGUCCAGCCCCGGUGCGGACCUGACACCGCUCGAACGGCUCAUCUGCGGCGGCAUCGCGGGUAUCACAUCGGUGACUUUUACUUACCCACUCGACAUUGUGCGGACGCGACUCUCGAUCCAGUCGGCGUCGUUUGCCGAUCUCGGAGACAAGCCCAAGGAGCUCCCGGGGAUGAUGGCCACCAUGGUGCGCAUGUACCGCGACGAGGGAGGGAUCAUGGCGCUGUACCGCGGCAUCGUGCCCACCGUCACAGGCGUGGCGCCGUACGUUGGUCUCAACUUCAUGACCUAUGAGUUUGUGCGCACGCACCUGACGCCCGAGGGGGAGAAGAACCCCAGUGCGGCGAGGAAGCUGCUCGCAGGUGCCAUCUCGGGAGCUGUCGCUCAGACAUGCACAUAUCCAUUCGACGUAUUGAGGAGACGGUUCCAAAUCAACACCAUGUCUGGCAUGGGAUACCAGUACAAGUCAAUCCCAGACGCCGUCAAAGUGAUUUUAAUGCAAGAGGGCAUCAAGGGGCUAUACAAGGGCAUCGUACCGAACCUGCUCAAGGUGGCGCCGAGUAUGGCGUCAAGUUGGUUAAGUUUUGAGGUCUUUAGGGACUUUUUCGUGUCCCUUGACCCCAAGGAGAGGGCCAUGUGAAAAUGCUCGGCAAAUCUUCAACGUCUUCAGAAUAUAGCCCAUGGACAUCAGAGCUGUGUGGAUCCAGAGAACCUACAAACUCGUGCAGACGCCUAUAAGAUACCGACUGUUUACAUAUACAACCUUGCCGAACCUAGUGGCGGAACUAAAACUCUUCGUACUGAGAUCGAAGACACAACACAAACUAAAGUAUACGGAUGGAGGAGAGGAGCGGCCAUGGCAUUAAUAUGCACUGGUCCCUACAGGAGACAGCCCAAGGAAUAAUAUGUGAUCAAGUCGCCAUCUUUGCUCGUUCGGACAGGAGACGGACGUCCGAGCUUGAGUCACGAUUGGGGACAAGGGGAUAAGAGCCGGGAGAUAUUGCAUCACUACGUAUAUAUACAUAGAACAAGAGAGUGCGAAAGAGCAUUGAAAGGGGCCUGCCUGCUCAAAAAGGGAUAACUAAAAUUUGUCUGCCAUUUAAUUUGUAUGAAUUUCAUUUGUGGUCAAGUUAAGAAUAUAGACAUUGUAGAAUGAGGUUCCGACUUAUUGGAAGCCUUCCUAGGGCCUAAUUUGACGGCGGCAAUUGGGACCUGACCAAGAGGAACG